CCCAGAAAAGAAAACACUCCUGAGAAGACCCCAGCAGACUGUGACCCGCGCAUCCACCGUGUGUCCUCACCUCUGCAGCGGGGCUGAGCGAGCAGACAGGCCGGUGUUGUUGACGUCGCCAGGUCGGUGAAUAAAGCGGAAAAGAGGGGAGGGGGACGCAGCUGUCCGCCGCUGGAUCUGCACCGCAACGUAUCUGCGCAGCAACAAAGAGGCUGAACCGAAAACAACCAUCACAACCACCAGUGUUCAGCAACAUGUUAACGUUUCCCGUUAACGGCGUCCUGUGCACGCUCGCCCUGCUGAUGCUGUGGCGGGCGGAGGAGCUGGCGGAGGCGUGCAGCUGCGCUCCGGUUCAUCCGCAACAGGCGUUCUGCAACGCCGACGUAGUGAUUCGAGCGAAGGUUGUGGGGGAGAGGGAGGUGGACUCAGGGAACGAUGUCUACGGGAACCCCAUCAAGAGGAUCCAGUAUGAGGUCAAACAGAUCAAGAUGUUCAAGGGCCCUAACCAGGACAUCGAGGCUGUGUUCACCGCUCCAGUGUCCGCUGUGUGUGGCGUUACCCUGGAUGCCGCUGGCAAGAAGGAGUACCUGAUCUCAGGCAAGGCCGAGGCCGGCGGGAAGAUGCAUGUGACCCUGUGUGAUUACAUCAUGCUCUGGGACUCCUUGAGCGCCACCCAGAAGAAGAGCCUCAGCCAGCGCUACCAGAUGGGCUGUGAAUGCAAGAUCGUGCGCUGCCCCUCUCUGCCCUGUGAGAUCUCGGCUCCCGAGGAGUGUCUGUGGACGGACCUGAUGAUCGAGAAGCAGGUGCACGGGCGGCAGGCCAACCACUACGCCUGCGUGAAGCGGGCGGACGGCUCCUGCUCCUGGUACCGCGGCGUCGCACUGCCCAAGAAGGAGUUCCUGGACGCCGAGGACCCCUAGGGCACUCGGCACGCCUGACCGCUCACUGCACAGCCUGACGGAAAAAAAUGUAAACGAUUCCAUUGACAUGAAAUAUAACCGCAUCAGGCAAAGUGAUUUUUUUGAUAUGAAAAGUAAAGCUAAUGUGACUGAAAUGACCCGCUGGUCUGAAAACAAUCUCCAGCCUCUCUUUGUGUUUGUCGUCUCGAAGCGUUUCAGUCGGAGCUGGAGCCACUUUCCACCUCAGCGGGGCUCGACGGAGGCUCGGAGGUUGUUCUCAGACACAGCGUCUCUGUAAAAGCAGAUAAAAUAGCAUCAAGAGACAUAGACUGGUCAAGUGAUGAUGUAACUUCCUCCUGAGGCUGGCUUCAGGAGGAUUUAUAAAUUCUUGUUGAGACAGAGCACUUCCUGCCCGGCAAAGCUCUUCUGCAGCUCUGCUCCCCGAAAUCAAAUCCCCUUCUCUACGGACGAUCAUGCGUUACCCAUCGUCUUUCUUCUUUUAUUACCUCAUUCUCCAUUUUAUUCCAAAGCCAAAUUCCAAGUUGCCUUUUUUUUAAAUGAUUGUCUGCCUCUCUGCCGAAACUAUUAGUAUACUGCUUCUUUCAUCCUCUCUGCUGGGAGCUGUUUGGCCACCGGAGACAUCGGACACCCCCUCACGAUUAUUAUUGUUUCACGAUUCAUCUCGCAUAGGCUGACGUUUCCUGGUUUUUCGUCCGGUGUAGUUCUAAAAGUGAUUUGUAACAGCAGCCUGUGACCGUCACGGGCCUCACUGGACCAGUCUAUGCUGUGUGAGGAUGAGCGCUCUAAAUUUAAACCUGCUUAUGAGGAGAAAAAUAACAAAACCAUCCCUCUUCUUUUAUCUUCUUCUUCUUCUUCUUCUUCAGAUCUUCACCUCUCUCCCUCCUUUGUCCCCACUAUGUAGCUGUACAGUACCUAUGCAUAUACUUUUGUUGUUACUUGAUGAUUAUUAUUUACUGCAUUAGAACUAGAUUUGCACUUUUUUGAGGAUGAGUUCCAGUAAAGACGAGAGCCUGAGCACUCUGAUGUGACAGUUGUUAUCUUUCGCCCAGACCGACAGAUCCGCCCUCAGGUGCAGAUUUUGCCUAUUUUGAGUGCUUUUAUUUUGGUGAGUUCCCACUUCACGGAAGCAAGCGUAUCCUUGUCAUCUUCGUCGUGACAGAUAAAAAAAAAAAACGGUGAAAGCAGUGAAAGAGAAGAAAACAAAAAAGGUGGUGUGUGCGAGGUUCGGAUAUAAGGGAUAAUUUUUUUAGAAGAUUUUAUGUAUGAAAGAUAAACAAAGUUUGAGGGAUGUUAUUUCAGUGUCUUUGUAUUAUCUGUAAAUGUGCAAACAGCAGUUUCAUGAUUUGCCAAUAUAUUUCAUCUCAUGAGUAAUAAUGUCUUUUCCACGCUUAAUGUUCGCUUUGACUCGUCUUUCCUGCUCCUUCCAGUUAUUAAUGAAAAGCUUUAUCGCUGUCCUAGAAAGCAAGUUACUCAAUUGAAGUUUACAGUGCUGUUUUAUACACCUCAAGCUACAUUAACAAAAAAAUAUAUAUAUGAUGGAGUAUUAGAGGCAUAAUUUAAAAGUAAACUCUUUCCAUUUUCCAUUACUUUGUAUUUUUUCAGUGUUAUUAUUAUACCUGUCAUGAUUUUUUUUUGUGUGUUUUUCGCUGUCUAUGUCUACGAUGUCUGUAGCUGUAGUGUUGAGAUGAGAAGGUCCUCUUGCGCUGGAAUAACGCGAGAGUGAGAGCGAUUAAUCCUGUUUGGAGAGAAAUGAGAAAUGGGUAUCCUGUGUGAAUAGAGGCCUGUGCAUGUGUUCGAUGCUUUGUGUAAGUCCGGGCGAAGGACUAAAAAAAUAUUCAGUAUUAUCGAAUAAAAACCACCUGUUUGAAAGAAUAAA